AUGCCGCGAAAGACGUCAUUUCUCGCUGGCUUGUGUCUUGCGACUGCGUUACCAGCUUGCACUGGAUUCUCCUUAUCGACCGGGCCGUGGCCUUCAAUCCCCCCGCGGGCAUCCUACACCGAGCCUGAUGGCGAUGAACAUGUUGGCCCUGCCGUCAUCGUCGAGGGUCUGACCAGCGACCUGGCCAACCCUCUAGGUUCCUCACCCAUGGUCUUCGACAGGGUGAACAAGACAUACACACUUGAUUAUGGUCGCAAUGUUGCUGGCAAGCCCUUCUUCCAAAUCGAGACUCUCGAUGACUUUGCCCAGAUCGAGGUCAAAUACACCGAGUCUUACAUUGGUCUGGAACACGCACAGGCCGAUGGUCCGUACGCGUUCUCCAAUGCUCUCGGCGCCACUUUCCGCGUUGAGACCUUCAAUAUCACCAAGACGGGAGAGUUCCGUGGCUAUUUCAUCCAAGGCGCGCAGCGUUGGCAGUCGAUCAAGCUUGUUCAUGGCUCCGGCUUGACCAUCAGCAAGGCCGGUUUCGUGUCAAGUAUCUCGAUGCAGCCGUUGGACAGCAUCAAGGGCUACUUUGCAGCCAGCAAUUCGUCGUACACCGACAUGUGGGCUCUCGGUCCACGAACCGAACAGCUCGACUGCUUUCCACCAGGCACACAGACCGCGACAUGGGACAUUACGCCACAGGGCGCGUACAUCCGUGGCCAGAAGCCCGCGAGUACAACGCACAUGACCAACGUCAACAACUACACGCUGACAUUCGAGACCAUGAUCGACUAUGGAGGUGUGGGCUGGCGUGUUGACACUGAGAUCGACGCCAUCCAGGCUACUGGGCCCAUCUUCGUCCUCACCAGCGAGUAUCCAGAAGGCACAUUUGCGAAUACGGAUCGCUCCCUCGUCCCGCCUAACACACUUGUGCUUGGCCGCGGGUGGUCCCUGCAGAAUCAAACCAGUCUCCCGGGUUUUGUCCUUGACAAGUUUCCGGUUGAUUUCGCUGUCAUGGAGAAGGAGUGGCACACCAUCUCCACCGUCUCACUGGGCGACAGCACGUACAAGGUCUAUUUGGACGGUAGGGAGAUCGCCGCUUUCAACAUCAGCUCCUAUGGAUUGGCCGACCCGAACCCAUUCAUCCCCGGCGGGGACAACAAGGGCUUCGCACUCGGCCCGUGGCAGGAUCAAGCGGCGUACUAUCGCAAUGUUAUCCUCACAUCCAACAACGGCAACCAGAUUUUGUACUCGAACAACUUGACAUCUAUGGAUGUGCUGCCCGAGUUCGGCGUGGCUACCAAUACCGACUACAUCUGCUCUGAUGGCGGUAAGCGAGACCGCUAUGCCUGGCUCGGCGACCGUCUCAUCUCUGCAAAGACCGGCUUGGCCUCGACCGGCGACUGGAAGUCUGUCUCAGGCUCGGCCGCGCAGUUCUUCUCCCGCCAGACGACGGCUGGUCAAUUACCUGCAAACACUUUGUUCAGCCCUCUGGAUACGCGGGGCGUCCUGAUCCGCACGGAGAAUGUCGAUCCCCUGCUUGUUGACUACGACUUUGAUACUGUCCAGGUUGUCCACGACUACUGGAUGCGCUCCGGCGACUCUGCUUUCAUCGAGAAAUACUACAACCAGCUGGUAGCCAUGGUCAGCUACUCUGUCUCCCGCGCGCUCGACCUGCCCACACAGCUCUAUGGCGCCCCAACUGGACCCAAGGGGAUUCCGCUAGGCGGACAAAAGGCUCAAGCUCUCGGUCCAGCAGAGACCAUCUCGAUGAUCCUCGGGCUCGAGCGCAUGGCCGACAUGUCCGAGUUUGUGAACAACACGCGCUCGGCGUUGUUCUACCGUGCCCAGGCCAACCUGUCGCGCGACGCCAUCGACACACGCCUCUGGAACGAGACGGGAGGCUAUUAUGCCGGGACGCUGGGAUUCGCGGGGUUCGACCUGAUGGAUGCCGCCCAGGUCUUACUCGCCAGGGUCGGCACGCCCGAGCGCCGUGCGAAAGUCAUUGACAACCUGGCGCCGCUGCGCUUGCCUGCAGGCUACAGCAAUGGCACGCGCUACGUCAACACGCCGGCCGUGGUGAACCCGUUCAACAUGGGAUUCUUGCUCCAGGGAUUCGCGAUGGAGCAGCGCACCGCGCUCGCGCAGGAGCUGCUCGAUAUUACGUGGGGCCCGAUGAUCCGGCAGGACAGGAACUACACGGGCACGACCUGGGAAUACUUGAGCGCCGACGGCGUAUACCCCGGUCUGGACCUCUUCACGUCCUGCUCUCACGGCUGGGGCAGCUACGCCACCGUCUUCCUGACGGACUACGUGCUCGGCGUGCGCGCCACGGCUCCCGGUUUCGCGACAUACACCUUUGCGCCACUACCGGGCUUCAAGUCGGAGUGGGUGCACGGUCGCGUGCCGACGCCUGCGGGGGAGAUCCUGGCAGCCUGGGGGUACGAGCCGAGCGGGAAGUUGGCCAUGGAGAUCACGGCACCUGCUGGGCUCAAGGGCACUGUGGUGGUCCCUUUUAGUGGACAGUACUCGGUCGAUGGUGGACAGGGGCAAGAGGGUGAGCUUGAGGUUGAGGGCGGGAAGACGGUCACGAUCUGUCAGUUGUAA